AACACCAUACCUGAGCACUGAAUCAAAUAAGACCUUCCUUUUAAGUUGUCGGUGUGAUUUACAUGAUAAUACAUUCUUCAGAGUUGUUUUUUCUACAUUUGAUCCACCCUAAAUGAGUUCUAAAGGAGACAGCGAUGAAGACAGCUCCAGAAAACGGAAUGUUGCGUAUGUUUUCAGCCAGGAAUACAUUGAAACUUGCGAUUCUUUGUCCAAAGUGCCAAACCGGGCGAGUAUGGUCCACUCACUGAUUGAAGCCUAUGGACUCCUCAAACAUAUGAGCAUUGUAAAACCUCAAGUGGCCUCUGUAGAGGACAUGGCCAAGUUCCACACAGAUUCCUACCUGGAGCAUCUUCACAAGAUCAGCCAGGAUGGAGACAAUGACGACCCACAGUCAGCUGACUAUGGCCUGGGUUACGACUGUCCAGUGGUGGAGGGCAUAUUUGACUACGCCGCGGCAGUCGGGGGCGCUACACUCACAGCCGCCCAGUGCCUGCUGGACCAGACGAGCGACGUGGCCAUCAACUGGGCAGGGGGGUGGCACCAUGCCAAGAAGGACGAGGCAUCGGGAUUCUGCUACGUGAACGACGUCGUGUUGGGGAUUCUCAAGCUGCGGGAGAAAUAUGAGCGAGUCCUCUAUGUGGACGUGGACCUGCAUCACGGAGACGGUGUGGAGGAUGCCUUCAGCUUUACUUCCAAAGUCAUGACAGUGUCACUCCAUAAGUUCUCCCCAGGAUUCUUUCCAGGGACAGGGGAUGUCGCAGACACAGGAUUGGGUAAGGGCCGCUGGUACGCAGUCAACGUCCCGCUGGAGGAUGGCAUCCAGGACAACAGAUACUACCAACUUUUCACCAGCGUGAUGUCGGAGGUGCACGCGCAGUUCAACCCGGAGGCGGUGGUGAUGCAGCUGGGAGCUGACACCAUGGCGGGCGACCCGAUGUGCUCUUUCAACAUGACCCCAGUGGGCGUGGCCAAAUGUCUGCAGUAUGUCCUACAGUGGCGCCUGCCAACACUGCUGCUGGGAGGAGGGGGAUACAACCUUGCCAAUACGGCUCGCUGCUGGACCUACCUGACAGCAUCAGUUCUGGGAAAGACCCUCGCCUCAGAUAUUCCAGACCAUGAGGCUGAUUGGCUAAAACAACCUGAUGCUUCUGGAGUCAUAGUGCCACCUGUUGGCUUUGGAAUGCAAGUGAGAGCCUGUGAAUUGCCUGUCCAAUUAAAAAGCACAUUGCUCCAAAUGAUAAUUUUUUAAAUUUGUAACCGAAAGCCAAAUAUGAAUAAUAGCGGUAAAACUAGUAAUUUGAUGUUGUAUAUAUUUAUUUAUUUAUUUAUUUAUUUAUUAAUUUAUUAAUUUAGAUACCUGCUAUCAAGAGACAAAAUCUGAUCUCAUAUGAAUAGAGACUAUUUAAAUAGGCAAUUGGUGUGGAUUUAUUUCUACCUAUAGUAAGAUGAUUAUUACCAUAAAUGAUCCAAUCGACAUCUCUAUUUAAUUAACUGCCAAGUCUGUUCUAUUAAAGAAAGUAAUUAGUGCUGGGUCAGAACACACUGGCAUUAACAACUGUUGCUGCUGGUAUUUUUUUUACUUUAUUAACUCUCCAAGAUGGCAGUAGCAUUUGAAGUAUAAUGAGUGGAGUGUUAUCUACCUCUGCAUGCAUUUUAAAAUGUUGCUGUUGGUGUGAAACUCGUGUGUGAUAACUACCGUUGUCUUACUUACGUUGAACUCAUCAGCAGCGUUAAUGAGACUGAACAGUUUUGGGGAACAGUUUGCAACAUUGGUACUGUUGCUGCUGUGUGGUGCAAUAUACGUACAAUAUAUGUUUAUAAAUGGCCAUGUGGUCUGAGGGAGCUACAUUUUCCAUUUCCGCUUUCUCAUGCACUCCAAACCCAUCCAUCCAUUUUCUAUACCGCUUCAUGACGUGCCUCAUCCCAUCGCUGUUCUGCUGUAGCACCCACAUUUUGUAUUUCAGAAUGCAUUUCUUUCUACUGUUCUUUCAUUAUUAACUGAAAACCUGAAUGAAAAGCAGGCUUGCGGGCACCUCAUGUGGUCGUGGGGGGUCACCACGUCGGUGACCCCUGACGUAAAUGUUCUCGGAACGGAUUAUUUACGUUGUAGGGGCGUCUACUGUAUAUUAUUAUUUUAAAAAUAGCAAUGUCUAGCAAUGUCAUGUUGAUGAUGAUGAGCAAACAACACAUGAGACAGCAUGAAGGGGAUGCUUGUGGACAGGAAGCAGGGAAGCGUACCACCUCUUUACUUCCCAUUUUCUCCGUUUUCCUGUCUACGCCACUUCCUGACCGGUCUCUCUCUGCCGCACAGAGCCACGGGCUCAAUAGCCGGAAACGCCAUCGUGUGUGUGUGUGUGUGUGUGUGUGUGUAGUGAAAAUGCAUCUUCAUCAACGUGUAACUGGAAACAUUUAUGAGAUGACCGUCCUUCAUCACUGCAUGUGCAUCAUCACAUGUCCUUGCCCAUGUGACGUAGACUUUCUGGUUCCCUGCACCACUCUUGCUGCUGUCAUCAGCUCCCUCCUCUUGGGCCAUCCAAAAUAAACAUGGCACCAGCAGGAGUGUGUGUGUGGACAACAGGAGCAGCGGGUUCAUGGGAAUAUAUUAGUCUUGGUGUGUGUGUGAGAUAAGACACACAAAUCCAUCAGCUGAUGGGACACAUACUGUAUACAAGGAUGUACUCCACACACACAAAGAAGGAUCAUCUUUGUCUUUGUAAACACAAUAACAUGUGCUCC